CGCCGGCGGGCGCCUCGCACCCACGUGGGGCCCGGCCUCUGGCCCUCGCCGCUGGCCAGCGCGUGGCGGGGCGCGUGGGUCUUCGAGGGUCCGCGACGCGGCGCACAUGCUGAUGCCCGCCUCCCGCGUCGGCGACAAGACAGGGAGCUCGGACACCGGGAGGCUGACCCGGAGCCUACCCAUGAGGCAGCGCGCCGGCUGCAUGAGCGCCCCCCCCUUUCCACGGCUCGGCUGCCAGCUCCGCAAUGGGAGCCGCCGCCGUCGCCGCAGUGUAGUUCUUCGUGCUCCUCCUUUUCCUCCUCCUCUUUCUCCUCCUCCUCAGGGCUCCAGUCAGGCCGAUCCGCUCCGCUCACGGAAGGAAAACAGAAGUAACUUGCUGCAUUGUCUGGAGUUACAUGGUAAUUCAAAAAUGGCAGAACUGUUUAUGGAAUGUGAAGAAGAGGAGUUGGAACCAUGGCAGAAGAAAGUAAAAGAAGUUGAGGAUGAUGAUGAUGAUGAGCCAAUCUUUGUUGGAGAGAUAUCAAGUUCAAAACCAGCAAUUUCAAAUAUUUUGAACAGAGUUAACCCCAGCUCAUAUUCAAGGGGACUAAAGAAUGGUGCACUCAGUCGAGGUAUUACUGCUGCAUUCAAGCCUACAAGUCAACACUACACGAAUCCAACAUCAAAUCCAGUGCCUGCCUCACCAAUAAAUUUUCAUCCUGAGUCUAGAUCUUCAGAUAGUUCUGUUAUUGUUCAGCCUUUUUCUAAACCUGGUUAUAUAACAAACUCAUCACGAGUUGUGUCUAAUAAGUCGUCAGAGUUACUGUUUGACUUGACCCAGGAUACAGGGUUAUCACGGUUAUCACAUUACCAAGGGAGACCAACACUUUCUAUAGCAGGUAUGAAUGAAAGUUCAUUUUUAUCAAAACGCCCUUCUACUUCUGAAGUUAAUAAUGUUAAUGCAAAGAAGCCGAAGCCUAGCGAAAGUGUUUGUGGAGCAGAUUCCUCAGCUGCAUCACCUUCAGUUAAGUCUCCUUCAGUGACAUCUUCCCAGGCUAUGUCAGCAAAAGGUGCAAAUACCACAUCAAAUCAAUCUAAAAAUGGAACGCCUUUUCCAAGAGCUUGUCCAAAGUGCAACAUUCAUUUCAAUCUUUUGGAUCCUUUGAAAAAUCACAUGAAGUAUUGUUGUCCAGACAUGAUAAAUAACUUUUUGGGACUGGCUAAAACAGAAUUUUCAAGUACAGUAAAUAAAAACACAACUAUUGAUUCAGAGAAAGGAAAAUUGAUCAUGUUAGUUAAUGACUUUUAUUAUGGAAAACAUGAAGGAGAUGUCCAGGAAGAACAGAAGACUCACACAACCUUUAAAUGCUUCAGUUGCUUGAAAAUUCUAAAAAAUAACAUUAGGUUUAUGAACCACAUGAAACACCACUUGGAACUUGAGAAGCAGAGCAGUGAGAGCUGGGAAAACCAUACCACCUGCCAGCACUGCUACCGUCAGUUUCCCACACCAUUUCAGCUGCAGUGUCACAUCGAAAGUACACAUACCCCCCAUGAAUUUUCUACUAUUUGCAAAAUCUGUGAAUUGUCAUUUGAAACAGAACAUGUUCUUUUACAACAUAUGAAGGACAAUCAUAAACCUGGUGAAAUGCCAUAUGUCUGCCAGGUUUGCAAUUAUAGAUCAUCAUCAUUUGCUGAUGUAGAAACUCAUUUUAGAACAUCCCAUGAAAACACUAAGAAUUUGCUAUGUCCAUUUUGCCUCAAAGUUAUUAAAAUUGCAACGCCAUAUAUGCAUCAUUAUAUGAAACAUCAGAAAAAAGGAAUACAUCGUUGUACAAAAUGCAGGCUGCAGUUUUUGACAUGCAAGGAGAAAAUGGAUCAUAAGACUCAACACCAUCGAACAUUUGUAAAACCUAAACAACUAGAAGGAUUGCCUCCUGGAACAAAAGUUACUAUUCGAGCUUCAGUUGGACCUCUGCAAUCAGGAGCUUCACCUACACCUUCCAUUAGUGCAAGUGCUUCUACCCUUCAGCUCUCACCACCAAGGACUAAAAAUAUAACUGCUAAAAAUCCUCCAAAAUCUAGUACAAGUAAACCUAAUACAAUCAAAUGCAACACAAGUAAACCUAAUACAAGUAAGCCUAAUGGAAGUAAAUCUAAAUACAAAUCAAAAAUCUCUAAUAUGCAAAAGAAACAAAGCACAUUGGCUAGUAGCAAUAAAAAAAGUAAAGUUAAUACAGCACUGAGGAAUUUAAGGUAUCGUCUGGGCGUUCACAAGUGCAUUGAGUGUUGUUCCGAAAUAAAAGAUUUUGCAAACCACUUUCCUACGUAUGUCCACUGUAGUUUUUGCAGAUACCACACUAGCUGCAGCAAAGCCUAUGUAAAUCAUAUGAUGAGCUUUCAUAGUAACCGUCCAAGCAAAAGGUUUUGUAUUUUUAAGAAGCAUUCAGAAAAUCUCAGGGGCAUUACUCUAGUGUGCCUUAAUUGUGAUUUCCUAAGUGAUGUUUCUGGCUUAGAUAAUAUGGCUGCACACUUAAGUCAGCGUGAAACUCAUACUUGCCAAGUUGUAAUGCAGAAAGUUUCUGUUUGUAUCCCAACUUCUGAGCACCUUUCUGAAUGCAGAAGCAGCCCAGAGAUUUCAAAAUAUGUCCAGGGUAUACCUGGACCGUGUCCCCCUUCGAUGGACACAACUGAUGCCUGUUCUCUCUUUCCAAGGAGUGUGAAUAAUUUGACUGUGGGACCUGCUCUUAGGUUGUGGCCUCAGGAAAUCAGAUCUUGGGGAGACUCCCUUUCUACAUGGCUGGCCUCCCAUAAGGCUGAUGCUGUUUGGCCAGAGAUGGCUUUAAGGCCCACCAAAUUGAGCAUACUUCCCACUGGGGGCUUUGGCUCAUGAUCUUAAGCUUAUGAGGCAAUUAUGACCAAGAAAAGCCCAUCAAAUCACUGCUUCAACAUCCAAGUUGAAGUUUAAUCAUUUUGGCUGCUGCCCUUAAAUCUUUCUCUAGCAUGAAUGCAGUCCAAGGAAUAUUAAAACUAGUUGUUAGGAAACCAUGGCUAUUUUCAUAUCCUUGGAACAACAGGUCUCCACAGUUAUGUUCCAAAAUUGCAGUUAUUUUUGCUGACAUAUAAAAUCUAUUAACCAGUAUUAAUUCUGUAAUUUUUUUAACCAUAACAAGUUUUGCAUUUUGUUUUUUUUAAUUAAUUUAAUUUUAAUAGCUUGGUUUUAUGUUCUCAAAAUUUAUUAAUGUCUAUUUUAUGAUGUCUAUUUUUAUAUUAUUUUAUUUAAAAUUUGUUAGUGUUUGUUUUAAGAACUCCAAGAGAUUUCAUAGAAUUCUCUACAGAUUUUGUGUAGCUGCCUAUUUGUAGAUUUUAAAUUUGGCUGUUACUCAGCCCAUUAGACAUUAUUAUUAGAUACUCUGUCCCACUGGGAUUAUUAUUAAUAUUACCUCAAUUGUGGGUUCUUAGGUGUAAAGAAUUGGCAGUACUAUUUGCAGACCGUUAGAGCCAGUUUUAAGGUUACAUAUUUGUCAUGUAUGAUGUAAUAUCUACUAAGCCAUUAAUGUAGCUCCUUUGGGUAAAGGUAAUAUAUUAAAAAAAUACAUGGAUGGUAAUCAGUAAUGCAUGUAUUUAUUUCCUUUAUAUAUUUUAAGUUUGGCAUGUGUUUAUUUUAGUUACAUUGAAUAUAGAUCUAAACAUUUUUGAUACUAUUAUUUUCUUUUAAUAAAAAUUAUAUUGUUUAAGUGCCUCAGGAUUAUUUACUAAUGAAUAAAAGGUAUAGAUUUUAUUCUAUAAAGAGGAACACUGCUCUAAUUAUUAUAUGGAAGCCUUGUUACUUGGCUGCAGACAGAGUGCUGUAUCUACUUAGUACACCUUGCAUUUUUUUCUUGCGUACAAUGAAAAGGUUAUUAUUUAUACUCUACUAAUUUCUUAAAUUUAAAAGACUAGCAAAAUGCCUUUUGUGAUACUAAUAGCAUAAGGAUAGGAAGGCUCUGAAAUUAUGACUCAGCGGUGGAUUUUUACUGUAAAAUCAGAACUUCUCUAUUUGCAUUUUAGAACAUUUUUAAAGCCAGUUUAGGUGACCAUGUAUUAUAAGAUGUGUGCAAUUAAUUAUCAAAAGAAUUAUUAGUUCUAAAUUUCCAAACUAAUUUAUAUCUCAAAUGAAAGGUUUUCCAAAAUCUUCACAAGUGGUUUGUUUUGUAGAGUGGACUUAGCGAUAUACUAGUUUUUUUUUUUUCCUUAUUUGUCUCUAGGAAUUUUUGCUGUCUACCCUCGUUCUACCCAGUUUUUAAAAGUUUAUCCAGAAACAGUAACUUUUCUAUUUUAAACAUUAGUUCUCUAUUCAUUUACAGAUAUUCACAUUACCUUGGUCAUAGGUCAAAAGCAGGAUAAACCACAUUCUUAAUAUAGUAAUGUAGGAGUACAGUCAACCCUCCAUAUCCUUCGGUUUCAUGUCUGCAGAUUCAGCCAACCAUGGAUUGAAAAUAUUUCAGGGGGAAAAACAAUGAGAAAUAACAAUACAACAGUAAAAAAUACAAAUGAAAACAAUACAAUAUAACAACAGUUUACAUAGCAAUUAUAUUGUAUAAGUGACCUGAGCAUCUGAGGACUUUAUUAUUCUUGGUGGGGGCUUGGGGAAGUAGGGGGACUUGUGGGAUGAGGGCAGGUCCUAUAACCACUCCCCUACAGAUACCAAGGAACAACUGUACUUCUUUGUGGUCUUACAUAGAAUUUUAUUUUUUAUAGUAUGUAUCAAAUUCAUUUUCUUAAAAUAUGAACUCUUAAAGUUCUGUCACCAGUAAAUUCAUUAAAAAAAAAUUGGUUCAGAUAAAACACUUGGCAAUCAGUACAGAGUUUGCUUAUUGUAGACAAUUAGUUGAAUUUCAUUUUGGUGCUAAUGAGUUUUAGCUUGAGUCUAAUCCCACCUUACCAUCAUGUUAUUCUAGUUUAUUCAUCUGGUCAGAUAGCCAUUUCAUGCAUAUGUGCUUUUUGGCUACUGUUGAAUAAAAGGUGUGAUUGGUUCAGUUUGAGUCCAACACCAUUCUUAGGAAAAUAACAAAUGUGGGUGAAGGGGAGGAAGGCAGCAAAACACACUGCCAUGUGUGUACCUAUGCAACUGUCUUGCAUGUUCUGCACAUGUACCCCAAAACCUAAAAUGCAAUAAAAAAUAGUAAUAAUUAUUAAACUACAGAGGCUCAGACUCUUGCCCUAUUUUUGUCACAUUUUGGCAAAAUGCUUUUUUAUUCAGGGAAUAUUUAUUGAGCAUCUACUUUGUGCCUGGCAGUGUCCCAGGUGUUAGAAACACAGACUGAAAUCUCUGGUCUUACGGAAUUUACAUUACAGCUGUGAAAGGCAAUAAAAACUAAAUAAAACAUAUAAUAUGUUAGAUGAUGAUCAAUACUAGGGGAGAAAUAUGAAUCGGAGAAGGGGCAUAAAGGAGUAUGGGGUAGGAGUUGGAAGGCUACCAUUUUUAAUUUAGUGAGGCCUCACUGAGAGAUGACAUUGGAGUGAAGACAUGAAGCUGGCAAAGGAAGUGAGCCACUUGGAUGUACAUGGAAAGAGCGUUCCAGAGAGAAGGGAUAGCUGGUGCAAACGCCCUGAAGUGGGAUCAUUUCUGAUUUAAGAAACCGCAAGGAGACUGGCUUGGGUGCAGUGGAGUAAGCAAGGGAGGGCAUAGUAGGAGGUGGGACCUGUGAGGUAAUUUGGGCCACAUGGUAUAGGACUUUAUAGUCCUGUGGAAUUUGGCUUUUACUUUGAGAUGAGCAGUCACUAGAAGAUUUUAAAUAGAGGAGAGCUCAAUAAAAGCCAGAAUGAAUAAAAUAGGAAGGAUUGCCUGUAUCACUCUAGCUGCUGUCUUGACAAUAACUUUAGAAAACCAUGUGCAGAAUUAGGGAGACCAAUUAGGGAGCUAUUAUGAUAAUUCUGGUAGGACAUGGUGGAGGUUUAGGCUAGGAUGCAGUGUAGGUGAUAAGUGGUUUAAUUUUAGAUAUAUAUUGAAUUUGUGGAAGGUUUGUAUGUGAAAUGUGAGAAAGAAUGUUGAGGAUAACUCUAUAGUUAAUAGUCUGAGCAACUGGAAAGAUGGUGGUGAGAAGACUAUGGGAGGUGUGGAAUUGGUAGGGAAGAUGAGGACUGUGAUUUGGGACAUGUUUUAGUUUGAGAUACCUAUUAGAUAUCUACGUGGAGAUGUAGUUAUUUGCCUUUAUGAGUUUCAGGGAAUGUUCUAAGCUAUAAGUAUCAUUUAGUAUUUUAAAAUACUAAAUACUAACAUCUAAGCUGUAAGUAUCAUUUAGUAUUUUAAAGUACUAAAUACUAACAUCAGGAGGAUGAAUACAAGUAAAACUGGGAAAAUCUGAAUGAAAUUGGUAUAUGAGCAGUCAGUAUCCUGGUUGUGAUAAUAUACUAUAGUUUUGUAAGAUGUUAGUAUUGGGAGAAACUGGGUAAACAUGAGAUCUCUGUAUAUUAUUUCUUACAGUUGCAUGUGAAUCUACAAAUGACCCACUCCCAAAAAUAAUUCAAUUUUGAAAAGUCAUGGGACUGUAUCCCAAAGAGGUGGUUGCCUGUCUGUAGUGUCAGCUGCUUGGGAAGCUGAGGUAGGAGAUCCCUUGAGCCUGGGAGGUGGAGGCUGCAGUGAGCCAUGAUCAUUCCACUGCACUUCAGCUUGGGUGACGAGUGAAACCUUGUCUCAAAAAAAAAAAAAAGGUCACCAAACAAUAUGUAUAAAGGGCAAGAUCCACAGACUGAGCUCUGGGGAACAUACAGUAAGAGAUUAGGGAGAUGAAAAGUAAUCAGCAGACUAAGGUGUGGCCAGUGAUGUGCGGGGGGAGGGGAGACCAAGAGAGUAGCAGUGUUCUGGAGCCCCUAUUACCGUAUUUGUAAAAUGUGGGUGCUGACUUGUUUUUCUUUUCUUUUUUUUUUUUUGAGACAGAGUCUUGCUCUGUUGCCAGACCCCAGGCUGGAGUGCAGUGGCUCGAUCUCGGCUCACUGCAACCUCCACCUCCCGGAUUCAGGCAGUUCUCCAGCUUCAGCCUCGAGAAUAGCUGGAACCACAGUGGUGUGCCACCACGCCCAGCUAAUUUUUGUAUUUUUUAGUAGAGAAGGGGUUCCACCAUGUUCUCGAUCUCUUGACCUCGUGAUCCGCCCGCUUGGGACUCCCAAAGUGCUGGGAUUAUAGGCGUGAGCCACUGUGCCGGGCUGGGUGCUGACUUGUUCUAGAGUUCUGUGGUUCUGUUAUUCAGUAUUGAUUCUACCUAAAUGUCAUGAUUCAUUCAUAUGAGAAGAUGAAUUUAGAAUGCCACAUAUCCCUUUCCCAACUAGCAGGACAGGAACUCCUGACCCUGAGAAAAUUAAAUGUCCACAUUACUCCUAGGCAUGUUUAAUUCUCUACAGGUAGUCUUGUAUAAGCAAUUCUCUUGCAUUUCUAUAAAAGAAGGUAAUUAGGUCAGUGCUUCCCAAAGUCUGUACUGUAGAACUAAUGUACAUAAUUUAUAAAUGGUCUGGGGGAAAAGUUUCCAUGGCCAAAUAAGUUUAGGAAAUGAAAGUUAAAUAGAUUCUGUAAUAUAGGAAUUUUUUAAACGCUAUAUGUGAACUGUGAAUGUCUAAAAGCAUAUUUACUUGACCUGGGAAAUGUUUUCCUUCAAUACUUAUUAAACUUCUUGAGAUUAAUCUCCAUAGAACUGUGUGUAGAAUGCUGAUAUAGAUUUAUGAUUCUUCAGAUUUUCUUAGUUGGGAAAGAAAAAGUAGUUUUGUAGAGCAUUGUCUAAAGAAGGACUCCUAGACAUUUUAUUCAUUUCAUGAGUCAUCUGUAAGGUGUAGUUUAUAACUAGAUGCUGCAAAAUACAUCUUCAUAUUUUUAGAAAUUAUAUCAGGAAAAAUGGCAUCCUCAUUAUUAUGUUUGUAGAAUCUAAAAUAUACGUAACUGAGACAGAGCAGUUAUUAGCCUGGUUGACCCCCAUGUAGAAGCAAGGGAUAGAUUUGUUAGAAAAUAUGGUUGCCUGCCGUGAUUUCUCACUCAGGAGCGUAAGAAUCUCUUAUACUUGUUUCUAGCUUCUAUCUGUAACUAUGCUUAGCUUAUCAACCUACUCACCUACUUUUCUUGAGACCAUUAGUACUUCCAGUAUUUUAUUAUCUAUUUUAUCUACUAGGAAGUUUAUUUUGUCAAGUUUUACUUCCUUAAAUGGCGUCAGGAGAUCUUCCCUGAUCCUAAGAUUAGGAGAUUUGAUACCCAGCUCGACAUUAACUCUCUCAGACCCUUAAAGGGAAAGGAUGGUGUAGUGGUUAGAGAGCACAGGCUCCAUAGUUGAUUGCCUAGUUUGGAGAGAGAGAGAGUAUAAUUGUUUUUAAUCAUCCACACUGAAACCUAUCUGUUCAUCCAUACCAUUGUGAAAUAUGGUGUUGCAAAAAGAGUGCAGCUUUGAAAUAAGAUGAUUUUAUGUUUAAAUCCUAGUUUUGUAUCUAACUGACUCUGCAUUCUUGAGUAAAUUACUUAACCUUGCAGACCUCAGCUUCCUCAUCAGUAAAAGAUAUGUAAUAAAUUCCUUUCUGGGUAGCUGUGAAAAAUAGAGAUAGAGAUAAUGUAUAAAAAUUAAUUAGACUGGGAACGGUGGCUCAUGUCUGUAAUCCCAGCACUUUGGGAAGCCAAGGUGGGUGGAUCACAAGGUCAGGAGAUUGAGAUCAUUCUGUCCAACAUGGUGAAACCCCCUCUCAACUAAAAAAUUAGCUGCUUGUGGUGACAUGUGUCCAUAAUCCCAGCUACUUGGGAGGCUGAGGCACGAGAAUCACUUGAACCCAGGAGGCGGAGGUUGUGGUUAACCGAGAUGGCACCACUGCACUCCAGCCUGGUGACAGAGUGAGGCUCCAUCUCAAAAAACAAAAAACAAUUAAUUAAAUUAUUAAUUUCAAUAAUUUAGCUAAAUAUUUAAUUUAAAUUAUUUGGCACUGGCCAGACAGAUAGCAGACACUCAAUAAAUGCACAUAGUUGUUGCCACUGCUGUUUUAGCUGCUGCUGCUAUUACUGCUGUUACUACUAUUGUUUCUGCUAUUUCCUGAUAACAGGAAACCCUGGAAACUACUUAUCAGUGGAAUCUUCUCAUUAUUGAGAGUUUUAGUGGCAAUACACUAUGGUUAUUCGUAAUUUUAACUUAAAGUUCACAGGCCUGGCAGCAUAUGUUUCCAAACUGCCGGGUGGAUGGCAUCUUACUGCUACUGCAGUGCUUUAAUGAAUCUUGGAAGAUUCUCUAAUGUUAGAAUUGAGAGUAUUCUGGUUUUUCCAGUCCAAAAACUAUGAAACAAUACUGCCUUGUUGAAAACUAGCACAGAAUCCUCUCUGUUUAGAAAGAAAGAUUUUCUUUAUUGCUUAUGGAAUUCUUUCUUCAACUAAAACCUUUUAUUAAUUACUACCAGGCAUUUAUUUUCAGAAAUCUUGGCUAUUUAUUCUGUACUAUUAAUUUUAUAAAAAUGUUUAAUUGUACUAGCUAGCAAUAGUCAUGUAGCUUUUUCUUUUGAAAUGAUUUUUUUUAAAUCUGCCUUUUUCAAAUAUUACAGAUACUGUAACUCAGUUGUGAGUUCAUUUCUCAGUCCAUUUCUUCCCUCCUCUGUUUCUCUGUUUAUCUUCCUGGAUGGAUGAAUUAUAACAAAAUAGAAGUAAAGGCUUGAGUUUUGAAGGCUUAUUUUUCUUGCCAAAAAGUCAAGAAUAGAAUGAUAAUUUCUUAUAGCAGAUCUUCACACUGUAAGAAUCUGUGGUAAAUACAUAACUCCAGCUUGCUAAACUAGGCUGCUUAACUGGUUGCCUGUUUUAUUGUUGAAUCAAAUAUCCUAAAAGCCACAAUGUGAAGAGAUUUUAAAGCUGAUUCAGUUCUCCAAGUGACAUCCACAUUUGUUCUAAGCAAAGUAGAAUGGGAAAAACAUUGGCAGUCAAAGUAUCAGAGUUUAAGAACCCAGCUGUCUCACUAACUUUAAGGGAAAAUUACUCAGCUUCUUUUUCUGUGAAAUGGGAUUGAAAAUAUCUGUGUUUUGAAGAUUUUAAAAAUAUGUAAAAUGUGUUUCACAGAUGUUAAUGUGUGUAUUAUACUUUAUUAAAUCCCCCUAAUUUAAUGAGGUUUAUACUUAGCACCAGUAGCAACUACAUGGCUCAUUAACAGUAUGAUAUAGAUAACCCUCCCAUAUAUUAUUCUUUGUCACUGAAAAUUGAUACCCUACUUUUUAUGUGUAUAAGAUUCUGUGUCAGGUGUUGGAAAUGAAAAUAUAAAUAAAAUAUGGUUUAUACCACCAAAGCAAUUACAGAAUAAUGGAAUUAUAAAUGUAGACCCUGAAUCCACAUUUUUUAUAGGUCCUACAGUCAAUUGAUUUCAUAAUCAAUUAAACAACUAAUACCAUAUAUAUAUUUCGUUAUGGGAUUCUUUUUUUUGAAUGCUGCAUCAGAAGAGAAUCUGGACCUAUUCCCAAGGCGAAAUAUCACUUUAUUCUGCCACUCUCAAACCAAAGUCAUUAUCUUUCAUAAAUGUAAUCAUUUUAGAUAGACAGUAAGUAAACUCUUUUAGGAAUAGAAUGGCAGCCUUUUUCUAUAAAUAUUGUAUUUUAAAAUAUUAUAUAUGUUAAAAUAUAUUGUCAUUGAAUCUGUGAUCAUUGAAGAACAUGUGAGUUCAUUCCAUUGUUUUCCUGUGAAAUUUUGAACUUAGUCGCAGGAAUUUUUGGCUCUGGUGGUAAUUCUAAGUUAUAACUCUCUAGUUCUUAUGUGUUCAGAAUUGUCAGGAGUCUUCAUUUCAUUUAUUUUGUAAUAUUUUUGAAAAAACAAACUGAUAUGAUCUGUUGAGUUUAUUUUGGGCUUGUUUCCUUCUUUAAACUUUUGAAAUGUGACCAGGAUUGUAGCCCCUAGAUUCUUUUUUCCUACCAUGGACAUCAAUAUCUUAAACGAGAUCUUCAGGAACUGUAAAAUAGUUCUUCCUUUUUAAAAUAGACUUAAUGUAUUUGCCCCUGGUAUGUAACUGCAAAUCAGUAGGUAGGAUCUGAGCAUCAAGAUACGGUGGUUUCCGGCAAUUUGGACUUCUGCCUUUGGUAUCUGGUAAGCAGGGAGAAUUUGAGGCGCAGUGAGACGGAAAAAUAAAUGCAACUUCAGUGUAUUCUUUCAUUUAGGACAAACUGUACCAAUCUCUACCAGCGAUUCUGAGCUUACUACCAUUUUUUUCAGUCUCUGGUUCCUAAGGGUCAUUGAUUCUAGAUUAUAAAUUAAAUAUCCAGGGUAUAAUUCAAUAUUACCAACAAACCGAAGUAAUAACAUAGAGCCCUAGACUGUCUUUAAAAUCUUCUGCCUGCAUUGAUGAUGGUCUGAUAUUGUUCUUUACAUUUUUACACAUGAAUAUUUUGGUCUUUUUGAUUUCUUGUCUCUCUGUCUUGACAUAGUUCUUUCUUCUGUCUAUCUAAAAUGAUUUUUCUGCUUUAUCUUUGUUAUAAUAGCUUUAGAUGGCCAAAUCAUACCCUGGUGUUCUAAGAUAAGUAGAUCAUUUUAUACUAGAAAAAAAUAGGACUGGUCCUUAGGAGAGUAGACCAGCAGUCAAAAUUAAUGUCUGUUGUUCUGAGGGUGAGGUGGAAGCAUGGCAGUAGAGAUAUUUAGGUGGUAAAAGGAACCUCUGUUGUAUACUCUCAAGCAGAUUCUGAGCAAGAAGAUUGCGUCUAUACUCUAACCAUACCCAUGACAAUAAUAGCUAACAUUGAGCACGUGCAGUGUGGCAGGCACUCUUCUAAGUGCUUUGCAUUUAUUUACUGAUUUAAUUCUCACAUAUUUGUGAGGUAUGAGCUGUUACUAUCCUGAUUUUAUGGAUGAGACAUCUGAGAUACAGAUAUCUCAAAUAAUUUGCCCGAGGUCACACAUAGCUGUUAAGUGGAGAGCCUCAAUUUAAAUUGUCUUCAGAGACUAAACUA